CUCAUCCCUCUUCCAAGGGCGGAUAGGUCUCUGUUUCUUCGGCAGCCAACCAGCCAUGGCUUCCCACCCGUCGCCGCCGCCGCCGGAACACCCCAUACCACCCGCUCCCACCACCAUAAGUGACCUCGACGACGACCUGCUCCGGGAGAUCUUCCUCCGCCUCCCUAACCUCCCCAGCCUCCGUCGCCGCUUCCAGGCGCUCCAAGCACGCCCGCUCCUCCCUCACUUCCUCGCACACACAAUAGCUCCCUUCCCCACCUCAGGCCGCCCCUCCGCCGGAUUCAGCCCCCUCCAAGACGACGACACUUCCGACUGGCGGAUCGAUUUCUCCGAUCCGUCGGUUUUCUACAAUGGCGGCUGCAUCGCCAUCAAGCACCAGAGCGCCAAGCAGAGAGUUUGGUACAACCCUCAAACGAUGGCCCUGUUUCUCCGCCCCAAGGAGCAUCAUGACAUGCCCGAUGGCACCACCCUUGGGUUCCACACAUUCUCCUCCGAAGAGGAUCAGAGGCCGUCCCGUGUGGUAUGUGUCCGUCAGGACUACUCAUGGACUUGGCUACGCAUCGCUGUAUUCUCAUCGGACACCAUGGAGUGGCAGAUUUUUCCAGAGAUUGCGACGCUGCUACCUGAGGGCUUCAGGCGCACAGCCUGCACCGUGCUGGAUUGGUUUAUCUGUUGGCAAUGCGAGUCCAUGAGCGGGGUACAAGCCAGCGAGUACAUUUUCGUGCUCAAAACAGAUACAUUUCAGUUCUCUCGAAUGGAUCUGCCGCCGCCCUUGAGAGCGGCACACCAAAAAUUUAAGAUUGGUCAGACCGCUGAUGGGAAGCUCUGUAUUGUGAAUGAGAAGGAAUGCAUGUUUAGUAUUUGGAUCUUGACAGCCGGCGAUGACGGCAUCGAGAGAUUUCUGCUGCACAAGAUGUUCCGGUUGCAAGCUAGCUUUAUGGAGGUCACCGGCUGUUCAGUGGAAGAUACAAUCUCAGUGCGGCUUAUGACGAUUUUCAACGGUUUUGUGUACUUUGCACUUCGCCCAUGGAGGAAUUAUGUGGAUCAGUUCAAAUCCCCUGAGUGGUUCAUGUCCAUGUCUCUGGAAACAGCGGAGCUGAAGCAGCAUCUGAAGAAUAGAAAGCGGCCUGUCUUCCCUGUCCAUCCCUACUCGGCCUGGCCUCCUUCUAUGGAAUACAUCUCGGAGGAUUCAAAAUCUGAGGUUACUGGAAAUGGUGUUGAAGAUGUUGGUCUUGAGAGUACAGAAAAGGAUUCAUCUGUCCUUAUAAAAGCAUUACGAUCAUAUAAAGAAGCUUUGAUCAAGGAUGGUGACACAAAUGUUGCAGAGAUAGAGGCCUUCUCGCUUUGCAUUGAUGUUGAGGACGAGAAGAACUCUCUUGUGAGGAAAAUCAUGGCUUUAGAUGAACUGUUAAGAACUGUGAGAGAUCGUGUUUUGAGGGCGGCUGCAGACUCUGACUUCGCAGACUGUGAAUUCUACAGACAGAAGAUUAAAACAGAGAGCUGGUGGCAAGUGUGCAAGGGGAAGUUAUGGAGAGCUUUCUGCGCUAGCUGAAUAAGCCUAUCUAUCAGAAGUAAGUGAGUUCUUGUUGCGUUGGUACUUUAGCUUUUAGAUGCUGCGAUGACGUUAGCUGAAUAAACCAUUAUCAGUAUUCAGUACAAGUUUAGAGAUGACUUGUACCUAGAAACGUACAAGUCCCAAACUGGUGAUUCUUUAUCUCUGUUCCUAAUCGAUGAUGUUCAAACUUUUGUCAGUUUGGUAUUAAAUAUUUCCUUUUUGUUUUAGAAA